AAGCACUUUCUUACUCUGAAGCAGCAGCAACAGCAGCAGCAACAACCAGAGAACGAGAAGAAUCUUCAGGAAGAAUCAAACUGUGAUUCCCAGAAGGGAGAAACUUAUCAUUGGAGGGUAUAAGAGGUUAUACAAACUGUGUGUAUGAUUUCCAAUGGGCCACACGGAGAAGGCUUUAACCAAGGUUCUGUUGGGGUUUAAGGCGUCGUUGACGUGCUUAGCACUGUGCUUGGCACAAGAUGUGGAAGUCGGUGGUGGGGCACGAUGUGUCUGUUUCUGUGGAGACACAAGGUGACGACUGGGACACAGAUCCUGACUUUGUAAAUGACAUCUCUGAAAAGGAACAGCGGUGGGGAGCCAAGACCAUUGAAGGCUCUGGAAGAAAAGAACACAUCAACAUCCACCAACUGCGGAGCAAAGUGUCAGAAGAACAUGAUGUCCUCAAGAAAAAGGAACUGGAAGCAGGGCCCAAAGCGUCCCAUGGGUACGGAGGCAGGUUUGGGGUGGAAAGAGACAGGAUGGACAAGAGUGCACUGGGCCAUGAGUAUGUUGCUGAUGUGGAGAAGCACUCAUCUCAGACAGAUGCUGCUAAAGGGUUUGGGGGCAAAUAUGGAGUUGAGAGAGACCGGGCAGAUAAGUCAGCAGUUGGGUUUGAUUACAAAGGAGAAGUGGAGAAACACGCAUCUCAGAAAGAUUACUCCCGGGGCUUUGGUGGUCGCUAUGGGGUAGAGAAGGAUAAACUGGACAAGGCAGCUGUUGGCUAUGACUACAAGGGAGAGACAGAAAAACAUGAGUCCCAGACAGAUUAUGCCAAAGGCUUUGGUGGUCAAUAUGGGGUACAGAAGGACCGAGUAGACAAGUCAGCAGUUGGGUUUGAUUACAAAGGAGAAGUGGAGAAACACACAUCUCAGAAAGAUUACUCCCGGGGCUUUGGUGGUCGCUAUGGGGUAGAGAAGGAUAAACUGGACAAGGCAGCUGUUGGCUAUGACUACAAGGGAGAGACAGAAAAACAUGAGUCCCAGACAGAUUAUGCCAAAGGCUUUGGUGGUCAAUAUGGGGUAGAGAGGGACCGAGUAGACAAGAGUGCGGCCAGUUUUAGUGAGAUGGAAGCUCCCACUUCAGCUUAUAAGAAAACCACACCCACAGAGGCUGCUUCCAGUGGGGCCCGUGGACUGAAGGCAAAAUUUGAAUCCAUGGCAGAAGAGAACAGGAAGCGGGCAGAAGAGAAACCCCCAGAACGAAAGGUGGUGUCAAAGAAGCCUGUAGUGCCUACUCUGGUUCCCAAGAAAACCCCCUUGGAGGAUAGGUCUCAGGUAGAGAGCUGCCCGCCAUCCAAGACAGCACCCACAGCAACACACAAAGAGCUUCCUCCAGUGCCGACCCUGCCCUCAAAGAGGGCUCCCCCAGAGGACAAUGAGUGGCCAGAUAACGAGGAGCCCCCAGCUCUGCCCCCCAGGACUCCUGAUAGGUUCCAGACCCUGGAGGAGCCAGUCUAUCAAACACCGCCAGAGCCAGAGCCAGAGGCCACACACGAGCUGGAGCCUGAGAAUGACUAUGAGGUUGUGAUGGAGUUGGAAAAACCAGACCUGGGUGGAGGCGAAGAGAAUGACUAUGAGGAUGUCGCACAACAGGGUGAAGAAGAUGCAGAAGGUGACUACGAGGAUGUCCUGGAGCCUUCCCAUUCGGCUGGAACUGCUGGCAUUGGAACUAAGUCUGGAUCAACAGGGAUCUCAGCCAUUGCCCUGUAUGAUUACCAAGGAGAGGGCAGCGAUGAGAUAUCCUUUGACCCAGAUGACACCAUCACUGACAUCGAGAUGAUAGAUGAGGGCUGGUGGCGGGGACGUUGCCACGGUCAUUUUGGCCUCUUCCCAGCAAAUUACGUCCAGCUUCUUCAGUGACCUUCCCUGCCAUUAAACUACAAUCUUUUCAAUCA